AUGGGGACUUCAACAACUGAUGCCUCUGUUGGAGGCGAGUCGAAGUCCCCAAAACAAUCUAACAACUCUCCCCCGCGACCAGUAGAUCCCUCGACCGACGCGAAGGCAACCGAUCCUCCCGUGAAAGCAGAGGCUGCGUCCAAUGCCGAACCAGCCAAACCACUUGCGCCUCCUCCUCGACCCGGUCAACAACAAAGCAACAACACUCCCGACUACUUCGCUGCCCAAGUCGGCGGAUCUCUCAGUCUGGAGCCCAAUCCAUUCGAGCAGUCCUUCGGGGGCGCUCCUGAGACUCCAGGUGGAACCAAACUCCCCUCUGUCGCUGCAUUGACGUCACCAUCUUCUCUCCUGCCCGGAAGCAACGCAACACCAUUUAAUUGGGGAGGAGGAUCGUUGCGGACUGGACCUUUGAGUCCGGCGAUGCUUUCUGGCCCGGCCAGUGAUUAUUUCGGCGAUACUCACCACCUCCGAGGUGGCUUUCCCACCCCCAACGAGUCUUCUCUGAGGACUGGCCUGACGCCUGGCGGGAGCGGUUCUAUGUUCCCUGCCCCCAGCCCUAACUCUCAAGCCCUUUUUGCGCAGCUCGCCAGUGGCGGAGCUACGCCCAGCACACUCGAUUUCCAUCGAACUGCUAUCAGCGCCGCUGCCAAGCGUGAGCAACCCAACGGUCCUCCACCACGAUCACAGAACCAACCCCAGCCCCCACCUCCACCACAGCAACCUCCUUCUGUCACCUCGCAACCCCAAGAUAUGCCCAACGGUGCUGCCGUUGUCAAACCUGAGGCGAAGCCCGCGUCGGGCCCUUUUGACCCGCACGAUAACGACGCGGCGAAUGGUCUGUUUAUGCUGGCCCACGGUAGGAACGGUGCUCAGAACGCGAACCAAUUCGCUCCCACUUCUGGCGCUCCUGGCCACGCCCAUCCCGCGCCUGUCGCGCCACAGAAUAUGAACACGUCUCCACAGAUGUCGAGCGUCAAUGGUGGCUCUGUCGGGUCUGGUCGUGGUGUUAGCGAGGGUAGCAUCGCGUCUGAUGAGAGCGAGCAAGCUAGACCUAACACGCGAGGCAAGGGCAAGAGAAACCCGCCUCCUACUAAUGGGCGACGAAAGGCGGAGGAACCUCCAGCCAGGCCACCCACCAACAAGAAGACCAAGACCAACAACGCCGCCGCUAUGAAUGGCAGCAUGGACUAUUCUGAUGAUGAAGCCAACAUGAAGCACGAGGAGGGUGGCUCCAAGUCCAAGAUGACAGAUGAAGAGAAGCGAAAGAACUUUCUCGAGCGUAAUCGUGUUGCUGCCCUCAAGUGUCGCCAAAGGAAAAAGCAAUGGCUGGCCAACCUGCAGACUAAGGUUGAGAUGUUCAGCACUGAGAACGAUGCCUUGACGGCGCAGAUCAACCAGCUUCGAGAUGAGGUUGUCAACCUGAAGACGCUGCUCCUUGCCCACAAAGACUGUCCAGUCACUCAGCAGCAGGGACUUUCAGGUAGCUACAUCGCGCAUAUGGAGCCAUUCCCUCAGCAGAUGAACCCGUACGGCAUGGCAGCGCCCAUGCCGAACCAACAGGUGAUGGCCGGCCAGGGCGUGCAGCGUCGCUUCUCAUAGAGAUGCGACUGGAAUUUCGGACCAUGAAGCUGAGCCGAAUCAACUGGAGUCUACACCGGACUCGACGAUACGACCCUUAUUUGAAUGGACCAGGAAGGAUGUGGAUACCUCGCGCACACAGGCAGGGGUAAUGGAUGGUUUAACAUACACAUUAUACAGAGGGCUGGAGGGGUUGCCGUUCCGAGAGCCUGCUGGCUCACAUCUUCGUUUCACCUCUUUGGACUGUACAACAUUUGACGAGCGAGAACAACCAGACGGGGACCGGUAUCUGGUAUGUGCUCGGUUAGUGAACAAACUGUUGGAGACGAGUUCACAAUCUUCUUGUAAGGGGGUACCUGUGGUCUCUCGUGCACCUAGGUGACUGGUGGGGAGACCUUGGGCCCUCACAACUCUUUUAACCUGUAAGUAUUCUGGCAAGGCACACGGAACGAGCACAUCAAAAAGGUGUUUGGCCAGGCGGACUUUGCCUGGGGGGCGUUAUGAGGAAAUUGGGUCUUGGUGGACGACCACACUUGGUGUUUGGACUCGGCAUUUUUGCAAGUAGCGCUAGGUAACAAAAGCUACUAGGUUCGAUGAAUGAUAGCUGCGAUAUGAAAGAUAACAAGUAUUAUUG